AUGACAAAUAAUGAACGUAUUAUUGGACUUCUUGUUCCAAUUGCAAUUGUAGGAUCCGCGAAAGUUGUGCCACAUCAGUAUGAUGAGUUCAAUUACUAUGUGUACGCUUCAGAUGUGUUGGCGGUGUACGGUUUAUCGGCGCUUGGAUUGUUGUUGAUUAGUCAGACGGUUGAGAAGUGUGGCAGUUUUCUUCGUUGUUUUCUCCUGAAAGAACAUCUGGCGGGUAUUUGGUACAUAAUGGGGUCCGCACAUUUGCUUGCAGAACUUUCAGAUCUACGAAGCAAAGGCAUUAACGCCCAGGUGACUUUUGGUGGUGGACACAUGUAUGUCACCAUGGAUCGUUAUGAGAGUCCUUGUAUUAUUCGUGGAAGAAAGAGCCCUGGUAUAGAACUUUUGGACGAUACCAACAAUGUUGCAGACCUUAUUGAUGAUCAAGAAGUAUCUAAUAAUUUUAGGAACAAUACAUAUGAUCAUAAUGAUAUAUUGGUUUUCUGCGUUCCACAUAAUAAACGUUGUCAUAUCCCGAAGGACUGGGCUGAAAUGGCUGCUGUUGGUGUUUCUUUGAAGGUACCUUUCAAAGACUUGAUCGGUGUUAUUCAUGUUCUUGAUCCCAGACCUGAAAAGAAUGGAGAAGAACUUAAGUUAACCACUGGUGGUCCCAUUUUGUUCUCCCUCUUGCACGCAAGCAUAAUGCUAAAAUUCUUCCUGCGGAUUCUGAACGUUUUGCCACCUUUCAGUGCAUACAAGGCUUCCCUGAAGCCGUUCUAAGGCUUAUAAUCUUAACCGGAUCCGGAGGUUCUUUCAGGGGUUGGCUUGUUGAAUAACUUGACGUUAAGGUCACCGCCGACGCCUUAAAACAUCCGAACUGGCCGGAUAGAUUACCAUGCUCUGAGAUCACAUGACCUCCUAUUGAUUUUGGCAAGUAUGUAACACAUUUAGAUGGAUGAUUGCAUUUUUUUACAUAGUAAUAUCAGUUUCCACUACUGUUGUUGAUAAUAAGCGGGUUGUAUUUGUAUCUUAA